AUGCAACGAGCCAUAAUCAAGUUUGCGAGCUGUCCGCGUCUAGUCCGAAUUGUCAAGGAUCAAGGAAGACAGCAUGACGCGGCGUCGGGUCAACAUGAUGCCGUGGGUCUUUUGAAGCUUGACUUCACUCAACUGGCAAUAGAUGGCCUAAUCUAUCGGACCCGCGGUGUCUCCAGUUCACAUGCCUGCUUCCAGGGCAAAAUUGACCGUGUACAUAGCUUGAAUGACGUGGCCUUGGAAAUGAGGCAAACAUCCUCAUCGCAACCAGCCUCCACUUGUCAUUUGCCAGUUGCUAAAGCAGCAAAGAGACACGCGAUCAGUUUUUUCAGUCUUAGUCGUCAACAUAAAUUCUGUGCCUUUUUCAAUAAACUUCUCAUUAUCUGGUCUAGUCUGAUAGCCUCAUCGACACAGUUCACAAGGCAACCUGUGAAAAGUACAGCAUAG